AUCUGUUGAGAAACCCAGCUCACGUGUCCAUUGUAUGUGUCCAUUGCAACGCAGGUAUGUGAGUUUUGUACACCAGUUUGUUUAUGUUUAAUGUUUCACAUUGUUAUACUACCACUAUACGAUCAUUGUUGUGUUGUUGAUUAUUGGAUUGUAAAGGAGAUUUAGAUACCGCGUGAGGAUCUGUUGAGAAACCCAGCUCACGUGUCCAUUGUAUGUGUCCAUUGCAACGCAGGUAGCCUAUGUAUGGCAUAAACUGAAGUAAUCACCAGCUCUGAGUGGUCUGUUGCUGAGGGGACAUUACACCGGGGUUACAUUGGUGCCGUGACCCGUUCUUGACUACGCUGGACCAGGGUGAAUGUCUUCUCGCCGCUGCAACGUUUUGGAGCUUCAAUUCCUUCAUUGUGUUGGACUCUCAGGUUUAUUUUGUUGAUAUAAGCCUUAUUCUUUUGAACUUGUCAUUUUAUUUUGGUUUACUAUCGAUAAAACAUGAGUUCCAGUAGAUUGAAUACCUUUGAAAUGACUCCUUUCAAUGUUGGUAGGGGUAGAGGGCUAUGUAGCACACCUGUUCCAUUUUCACUAGGUGACUUUAAGGUGGGGGAUAGGAAAACUUUUGAUGGGGAUUCAGUGCACAGUCAGAAAUGGAGAUGUGAUGACACCUUCCAUCCAGCCUACAGUAGAGUUAUCUACACCACAGUGCUUUAGCUCAUCAGUCCCCAACCCUCCUGAUGAUGUGAGACUAGCUGAACAAAUGAGCACUAUUGUGCAGCAGAUAGGGCAGCAGCUAGCUGAUAGCAUUAUGUCACGCAUUAACACUACAGCUGCUUCGCACACGAGUCAUGAAGAAACAUGCAUUAAAAGACACACUCCCCAGCCAAACACUGGAUCUCUCCCAAGUCCAGAUAGUCACUCAGAGAGGAGUUAAAGACCCACCUGUGUUCAGAGGAGAGAGUUCAGACACACUGCCUGUUGAUGAAUGGGAAGAUUUUAUGAGAAAUUACAUCAGGAAAAGCAGUAUCCAGCCAGAGCAUCAAGCUGAAGAAAUUCUGAUUCACCUGAGGGGCAGAGCAAAGGAUGUUGUGAAGUUUGGGAUAAGAAAUAGUGGAAUUGAUGUCCAAGAGAACCCACAGGCCAUCUAUGGACUCCUCCGCAAACAUUUCAGCUCCAGCCAUUGCUCUUCUGUGCCCUUAGCUGACUUUUAUUCCACUCUACCAAAAGAACAAGAGGACCCAUAUGAGUACUGGCUCAGACAAAACAGAGCUGUCGAUGUGGCUGACAGUUGUCUUAGGGAACAGGGUAAGGUGUUUGAUAAUCCCAGUAUUGAAGUCACACGUAUGUUCAUCAGACACUGCCCCAGCAGAGAUUUAGCUCUUACAUUUAGGUCCAAGACAAUUGAUAAAUGGUCAGCACGAGAAGUUCAGGAAGUGUUAGAUUAAUACCAUUUAGAGAAGGGACUGAGGUCUUCCACAGAGAGAGGCAGGAUAAACAUGAAUGUAGCUGAGGUGAACACUAAUGCUGCUUUAGUGUCAGACAUUCCCAAACAGGCACAAGCUGUGAGCCAGGACACCUCCGCUUUCGAGAGGUUGAUUGGCAUGCUGGAGAAGGUGUUGCUCCAGGCCCCUGGGUAUGCUCAAGCUAAUAGGAGGCAAUAUACUAGCAACAAGCCACCAAAGAUCAAGGGCUUUAUGGACAUGCCUUGUUCUAUAUGUAAUGACAGCUCUCACUCUGCUUUCAUACACUGUCGAGAGAACAAACUUUGCUUCCAGUGUCACUUACCUGGCCAUCAAGACGUGAGUGCCCAGAGGGGAGACGUCCUCCUCACUACAACCAGCAGGGAAACUGAAUGAUCUGCGCAAGAGGGAGGAUAGUGCAGAUUAUGUGAGUGAGCCUCCCACCUUGGAUAUGAAAGACAUUGAUGAUUGUGAAACAUUGUAUGACACCUACAGCAGCAUGGUGCCAUCAAAUAAGACACUGAUUGUACAAAGGCUGCAAAGACUCCCAGAGACUGAUAGUCUAUUCCACACAGCUGUGACCACCAAUAAUGGACAUGCUCUCAAAGCAUUAGUGGACAGUGGAUCUAUGGCAUGCACAAUUAGUGAGGCAGCUGACAUAAGACUUUCACAAUCUGUCCCUAACAUGGAAAGGAAAUCAGCCGAAGACUUUGUCAUAGUUGGUUGUGGUGGUCACCUUGUUACUCCAUCUGCCAUGUAUGAUCUUACUGCAUCAGUUUAUAUAAGGUAAUAUAAGGUAAUAAUUCCUGUUCUAGUUGUGCCAGGCCAGACUGAUGAAAUGAUUCUCGGCAGCAAUGCCAUCAAGUGGCUCAUUUUGCAGAUGAAAAAAACUGUAAGUUGCCAAAAUAUCACAUCUCCUGUGACAAGUUUUCAGAGUGAUAGUUUGCCCAAGUUGAUGUCUCUGCUGUCCUCCUCAGAUGAAUGCAAAGGUGGAGCAGUAACUAACUAAAUUGGCACGGCAAAACUGAAAAGAUGUGUAACUCUGCAGCCAAUGUCUGAAAGUUUGGUGUGGGCGAAAUUACCUGAGUCUGAUGUCUCUGCAGUAGGGAGUACAGUCAUCAUUGAGCCCUCCCAGUCAAAAGCCAGACCUGCACAAAUUCUGGUGGGGAGGGUUGUCACGUCCUUAUGGGGAAAUGGCUGGGUUCCUGUAAAAAUUGUAAACCCCACUGAAAAGCCACUCACCCUUAAAAAAAAUGCAAAGGUUGCUGAUGUGUCCCCCUGUCUUUCAGUGCAGGAUUUACCAGAUCCAGUUCGCAUCCAAUCCAGUGCACAGUACACACAGAGCCCGUCACCUGAGCCAUGGUCAGAGGAGGAGAUGUCCCGCGUGUUGAGUGACAUGGGUUUGCAGGAUUUGGACCUCUCAUCUUGUGAAGUCUCUCUCGAGGGGAAAGAUAAGCUGAUGAAAAUCAUUGAGCAGUAUGAAUCAACAUUUUCGAAGCACAAAAUAGACUGUGGCGAGGCAGUGGAUUUUGUGCACAGAAUACACCUGGUUGAUGACAAGCCCUUCAGACUUCCAUACAGGCGGGUUCCGCCAUGCCACUAUGACAAGCUACGGACUGCUCUGAAUGACAUGGAGGAAUUAGGAAUCAUUCGCAAAUCUCAGAGUGAAUACUCAUCACCCCUUGUCCUCGUUGUCAAACUAAAUGGUGACCUUCGCCUCUGCAAUGACUUCAGGUGGUUGAACGCAAGAACAGUAAAAGAUGCACAUCCAUUGCCCCAUCAGACAGAUACCCUUGCUGCGCUUGGUGGAAAUGUGUUCUUUUCCACAAUGGACCUCACGUCAGGGUUCUACAAUGUCGGACUGCAUAAAGAUGACAGAAAAUAUACAGCGUUCUCCUCCCCAUUCGGUCUUCAUGAAUACAACAGGAUGCCCCAGGGCUUGACGAACAGCCCUGCCACUUUCAUGCGAAUGAUGAUGUCCAUCUUUGGGGAUGAGAAUUUCACAAGUCUGCUAUGCUACAUGGAUGACCUCAUGGUCUAUGCUCCAUCUGAACAGGUUGCACUUGAGCAUCUACAGAUGGUUUUCUCACGUCUUGCAGCCAACAACUUAAAGCUCUCCCCUAAGAAGUGCUACUUUCUACGGAGGUCAGUCAAGUUUCUGGGACACAUUAUUUGUGAGGAUGGUGUUAAGACCGACCCGAGUAAAGUGGAGGCUAUAAAUGAUAUGCAGGAAGCCGACUUGAUGGAGCAAGAUGAGCAAACACCGUGUGCUAAGAAGAUCCGGUCUUUCUUAGGGAUGGUUCUCUAUUAUCACCAUUUCAUUGAGGGAUGUUCUGCCAAAGCUAAGCCGCUAUUCAACCUUGUGGCUGAGCCUGCCACACCACACAAAAGAGGGAGAGGCCACAAACCAAAGUUUAAAAAAAGCUAUGUCAGACUCUCUCCAACAGACUGGAAUGAUGAGUGCAAAGAAGCAUUUGGAACAUUGAAGUAUGAGCUGGUGCACAGUGUCACUUUAGCACAUCCAGAUUUUAGCGCUCCAUUCAUUCUUGCAGUUGAUGCCUCCUUUGAUGGCAUAGGGGCCGUCCUUUCACAGUUGCCUCCUGAUGGAAAGAUGGCCAGACCUGUAGCAUUUGCUAGCAAGACACUUUCCCACUCUCAGCUGAACUAUCCAGCACAUCGACUUGAGUUUCUCGCUCUUAAAUGGGCAGUUUGUGACAAAUUUAGCCAUUGGCUAAAAGGGCGAUGCUUCACAGUCUGGACAGAUAAUAAUCCAUUGAUAUACAUCUUGACUAAGCCUAGGUUGGAUGCUUGUGAGCAGAGGUGGGUUUCAAAGCUCGCAGCAUACAGUUUUGACCUGAACUAUAUUCCUGGUCCAAAGAAUGUGGUCGCUGAUGCAUUAAGUAGAGAGCCAUUUGUCCAAUCGUGCAUGAGCCACCGUCUUGUGACUGAACCUUAUGCGUUUUUAAUGAACCACAUGUCUGGGAUGGUGGAUAGAACAGUGCAAGAUGCAUUUAGGUGUACUAAUAACUGCCAGGUGGUUGUUGAUCAGUCCGAGGAAGUCGCCGUCAUCACCCAGCCUCCUUCUCAGGGGUCCCUGUCAUCACAUGACGUCUCAGCAGUGUUGGAUGCACACGACACUGGAGGUGUCGGCCAAGUGAGAGGAACAGGACCAGCUGUUUUUCAGGUCGCUGGUGUCGACCAGACUUCCUCUCUACCAAAGAGUGAACUUGUUAAUCUCCAAGAGCAGGAUGAUGUCAUAGGCAGGGCUCUCUAUUACAUCCAGCGCCGCAGGAGACCCACAAGACGUGAGCGUGCUGCUGAGUCUCGCGGAGUGACAAAACUGCUAAGACACUUGCCCAAACUCUCCGUCAAGGAUGGCAUUUUGUGCAAGGUAAAGAAAGACAGACAAAUGAACACGACGAUCCACCAAAUUGUGGUUCCAGACUCCCUUAAGGCCCAAGUCCUCAAUGGCAUACAUGACUCGGCUGGUCAUCAGAGACAGGCCCGCACGCUUUCUCUUGCCAGGCAGAGAUUCUUUUGGACAGGGAUGGAACGUGACAUCAUCAAUCAUAACAGUGAGACGAAGACAGUUAACUGGCUCCUGCAGAUGGAUGAUGCAAAUGAUGGGGAUGAGAUAGCCAGCCAGCCUGAUUGUUCUUCAGUUGUGGCUGUGAGCACAGCAUCUUCAGAAGCAGAAGAGUCUUUGAUCUCACAUGUUGGUUGCCCUCCACUGUUGAAUGUGAGGUGUCCCAAGAUGCAUCUUUACAGCCCUCAGCAGAAAGAGCUCAUUGUGUGCCCUCCCCUGACAUGGCAACAGAUACACAACUGGGUGCACUCACACAGGGCCAUGUAG